AUGUCCGAAUCCGACCCGCUCGAGCUCACGUCUCUCGACACCGAGUCGCUCCUAACUGCGCUUCUGAAUGCAGAAAAGGCGAUUCCUUCGCUACUGCAGGACGUGAAGCCAGUCUUGACACACCUGAAGGAGAGCGAUCCGAGUGAGGAGGUCGGAACAGCAGCGAAAGAGGCCGUGGACCGAUACAUGAACACGUUGGAUUUCAUCCUCCGACAGACGGUCUACUUCUUGCGCGAGACGCGGUCGGCGCCGAACGCGAUGCGCCCAUCGCCGGUCGAUGGGAUUCCGAGACCGUUCGCGGCUCUGCGCGGCGAGGAGGUUGGACUCGGUCUCUACGGUCUUCGCGUUGAGCGAGACACCCUGCAGCUCCUUCAGCAGAGUGUUGAGAGUAUGCGUGAGCAGAGCCUCAGGCUCGGCGAGGAGAAGAAGCCCGAAGACAAGGGAGAGGACGGUGAGGUAGACCAUCCGAUGGAGUAG